AUGCCUUCUUCGAACUCCACCAACUUCGAUCGCGCCGCUCUCUACGGUAACAACUGCAAGGGCAGCGGGCUCUGCGGCGACGUCAACAUCCGCGGCGACUGUCAGAAGGCGAUCGCGACCGUCAACGCCGGCGCCACGUACACCGACCAGGCUCAGUUCUCCACCGGUAGCUGCUACAUGAUCUACGCGACUAACGGCGCGGGGCAGCAGCCCGUGUCCGGACAGGUCAUUAUCGACACUGCGAACACGAUCCUGGGCCACUGCAGCAACACCUGCGGGAGCUACGGGACCAACAACGCCGGCUGCUCGAGCUGCCACGUCACGCUCAACUACCGUGCUUGA